AUGGAAAACGAGCAGCGCACGAUCAACUGGCUGAUGCGACGCUCGAAGUCUUCAAAGCGCGACAAAAAGACCAAGGAUCGCAAGAAUUGCAAUUGCAGGAUGGAGUCAAAAGCAGAACGCGUAACAAGCUCACCUUCACCAGCGGAACAAGGAACGCUCCAGGACACCACCUCACCGAAAACGACAAGAGAGCAAGAAGCUGACGUUCUCAACAAAACAUGGAAAGAAGCUGCCGCUAACCUUCGUGCACAAAUUGAAGACCGCCAGGCAGAGGAAACAAGAGUGAAGCAACGUCAAGCAAGCACGGACUUUUCGGAAGCGAAUCACGAGAAUUUUGAUGUGCCAAAGAGUUCUAGAAACCAAAAAGACAACACGUCACCACCGGGGCUCCCUGUACAUCAGCUUUUGGUUAUUCGUUUCGAUAUUAAGGCCGUAAUCAGUUGUUACUUUCAGAAACCAGCUUCAUCUCCACGUGCCAACAUGAAAGUUGAGCAUUGUGGACCAACUCACAGUUCGAGGAAUACAAAUUUUUCCAGAACUCUUAUAAUGGACUAUGCCAACUCUGACGUUGAAAGCAACAAGUCUUUUAUUACUUCCGAAGUAUGGAGCAACGUCUGGAAAUCAAAAAUAGAAAGACCUGUUGCGGUCUAUUCCGAUAGAUAUUUCAACAUUUAG